CCCCGCGUCUCGUUGGAUUUGUAAAACUCGGAUACCAUCUGUGGUCGCUGUUGGGCGCCGUCCGGUUCGUCUUGUUUACGUGGAGGACGGACCAUUAUCCCAUGGUCCAGCUUCACAUUUCUGAGCAGGAGACAAGGCGCGGGAGAGAGCCAUGUUGACUUACCCUUCUGACUCACUCCCCCACAUGCUUUUUCCAAUGGAUGAGGAUGCCAUGCCCCCAAACCCUUACUCUAGUUCACCCCCACACAGUCAACCUCCACUGCCGCUCCUCACCCUUCCCUCCAUCACUCCCAGAGUAAAUGUUGGGACAUCCAGCCACAGGAGGAGCGGCCGCAUUCAAAGGAUCUGUUGUCAGACUCCCCACGCUGAAGUCACGCCGUCCACGCAGAAACCGUCCUCUUUCAAGAGACAGGGAGACAGUAGGAACAUGGUGCAAGUGUCGAAGCAGCCCAGGGUCGACAGCACAUGUCCACAUGAGAAGCAGGAUGGAAGUGAUGUUAGUGCUGCGGCAGAGUGCCAAAACACGGAGAAGCAGCAAAGCAUCCCUGCAGAGAACCAAACUGUGUUCCACAAAGAACGUCUGGCAGAGAGGCUGGAAGCCACACCCGCCGCUCCUGCCUCCUCCGUGUCCGUCCUGGAUCCGCACAACGCGACCGUUUCAGCUCCUGCGGGAUGGGUCAACCCUUUUUUCCAGUCCUUCAAGUCCAAGAUGGCCACCUUCACCGAAAUAGUCAUGAGUCCUGUUAAACUCCUCAAAGACAAAAGCAUUCCUCUUCUGCACGCGCUGAUCGAGCAGGAUGACAGAGAAGCUCCCGAGCGGAGUUUGUCCACUAAGGUCCAUCAACCUGACCCAAAAAGUGACUCCCAGUGUUCUAGGAGAUUGUUUAACGUGGACUCAUCAGCUUCACCAGAGCACACGACUCAAGUGCCUUCACCCUGCAACACGCCAACGAACCAUCUGCCAACACAGGAGACCUUUGUAAAGAUGGCCGACGUCAUAGAGGAAGAGGAGAUACUCGAAGAAACUGGGCUGCUAAAAGCCCGGCUGAGGAAGCAAACCGGAAGUAAAGUAGGUAAAGAUAACAUUGAAAUAUCUCCACCCUCAUCUCCUUGUGAGUCCGUGCAUCAUGACCUUGCGAAGAUCCCAAAAAAUAAAAGCCUGCUCCGGGUGGAACUUAAGAAGAACGCCACAACCAACUCUGGUCUUGUGCAGUCCAAGAGACGGCUAAAACCCAAGUGUAACUUCAAAGUCCUGGUCCAGAUCAAAAAAAUGAAGGUGACUUCAAGCCCGGCAGAGUCCAAAAAUCAAGUCGAGCUCGUUGGACAGGCACCGCUCACACAGGAAGUUGUGUUUGCAGAAGCAGCUUUACGCGGUCAGGAAAUGCUCAAGCCUGCCGCCAGGACACGGAAUGUUGCAGCGAGAGUGAAGCGGAAAGUAAAAGGUGGGCCAGAACUGAAUGGAGCAUCAGGCCCGCCGGCCCAAAGUGCCUCAGGAGCCACCUCAGUGGACUCUCUGCUUCCAGUCGGCAACGAGAGCAAGCAGAAAGGCGGCGGCAACAGGAAGAUGAAGCCCGGCCCCGGGUGCAGAACGCACAAGACGAGAGGCGACCUCGGUGAACCCGACGUCGGUGCUGACCCGGUAGUCACGCCCGCUCAACAGGUUCUGCUGCAGGGAGUGAGCGAAGGCAAGAAUGUAAACACCAAUGCACGCAAACGCAAAUCGCUCAUCUCGUCGCAGCCCGACGCGCUCGCAUGUUUAUCUUCUGAGCACGUGCGAAACACGGCCCGGAGCCUGGCCGUCAAGAGAGCCAAGAAGUGUUCUGAAUGUUCCGUCUCAGACGGGAUUCAACAGCUCAGCCACGUCCAAAGCAAAAGGACUAAAUCUAAAAUGUCCACCGAACCACUUUAUUUUGAAAUGACGCCGUUUGGAGGGAACGGACAGUCGGAUCUUCCGUCCCUCAGAACCCACUCAGAAUGUAGCGAGAUGUUCGACAUUGAUGUUGCUUCCUGUGACGCUCAGGAGAUAGAUGAUCCAAACUCCAGCGCCUCCAGGUUACGGACCAGCGCAAGGAGGGCUAACAGGAAGCAGCCCCGAGCGGAUCACCACUGGCGGCGUUCCAAACCGGGUCGCGCCGACAGGACCAACUCGGCCACUACGGAGGACCUGCCGACGUAUGUGAGCCCCCAAGAAAGCCGGAACCACCUACUGCGCAGCUUCUCCUGCCCGGAGAUCCCCUCGCUCUAUGCCGCGACCCGCUCCCCACUUCCUGGGUCGCACCAGCAGCUGCCGGCGCACGCCUCCGUCCUCGCUCAUGUUCUCCAAGGCUCACGUCGGGCCCGACGCCACACGGUGGGCAGCAUGGAGGUAGAGAGGGAGCUCGCCCCCCUGUGCCUGCGGAAGGAGGUGUACCCAUCCAGGCGCUCCUUCCCAUACGACGGCCUGACGUCACACAGCCUGUCCCCCAGCUCCUCCCUCACACUGCUGGCUUCCUGUUUCCUCUCCAGCCCCCUUGCCUUUCUCUCGGGGAGGGGCGAGGCCGCCAUAUUAAGCCACACGCCCUCUUCUUCUUCUUCGCCGUUCCUCAUGAGUCGCACCUGUGACGCCCUAGACGCCAGCACCAGCAGGGGGAAUGUGCUGCAGUCUGACGGGAGACAUCAGAGCGAGGAAGAGGAGGACGCCAGCUCUUCCAGUCAGGAGUUUGACGAAGCAGCGCUGAGAGAAGAAAAGUUUCUGUCCGACUCUGAACUCAAGGUGGGGCAAAAGCACGAGGAGCGGGGAAAGGUGUCGUGCAUUCGAAUUCGCAAGGCGCUGCCCAAACCUCAGAACAACCUGACACCCAUGGGCCUCCCGAAACCUGUCAGGAUUAAGAAGAAGCAGUUUAGUUUGGAGGAAAUUUACACCAACAAGAACUUCUGCAAACCUCCUGAAAGCCGGCUGGAGACAAUCUUCGAGGUUCCGCUCAGUCGCCGCAACGGCUCUGAGUCCUGCUUCGGCCAGCGGCGCUUCAAGCGCUUCUUGGAGUUCCUGGAAGUGGGCGAGGCCAGGAAGCCAAAGAAGCUGCCGGUGGGCGUGGGUAAGUUGUCACGCACCAGACGAGGGGGCUUCGCCAAAGACGACGACGCCGUCGCCGCCGCCCUCCAGGCGCCGGACCCCGACACGCUUCUCUGCGCCAAGCUGGACCAGCUCAACUUGUGGCUGAUCCACGACCAGGUGGACUGUUGACCUGUUUGACCGCCAUCUCCCCCCCCCCCCCAAUGUUCCCUGAACGCAUCGCCGCACUGGAAGCCUUCUGGAGUGUUGUUGUUUUUUUUUUACUCCUGAGCUCUUCCUGUCAGUGUGGUCGUCAUGGUUACCUCUGUAGUAUACUGGCAGCUCUUAUUUAUUACGCUAGUUGCGACGCGCCACUGUUGUCGUGCGCGUGUUGUGCUGUUGCCAAGCGACCAGGGUGCGAACA